AUGGUAAAUCAGCGAGAAUUUUGGGCUGAAAUUCAUAAGAAUAAUCCGAAAUACAAGAGGAAACCGAGAGUUGUACCCGCAUUUACUAUUCAAGCACUUCAGGAAAAUACGGUGGUCGCCAAACCACCCAAGGUCGGUCUCUACAAGCCGGUACCACCAAAGCCCUCCAACUUUCGCAAGUUCUACGAAAGAGGAGUUUUUCCAAUUUCAAUGGAGAAGGACGGAUCACCGAUAACAUGGAAAGUUAAUAUUGAGGACUUGGACUUCAGACAUUAUCUGCCCAUGUUUUUUGAUGGAUUGACUGAGACUGAGCACCCUUAUAAGGUUCUCGUGGAACAAGGAAUCUCGGAUAUGCUAGAGCACGGAGGACCGAAGAUAUUGCCAGUUGUCUCGCAGUUGAUUAUUCCUAUAAAAAACGCAUUGAAUACAAAAAUGCCAGAGAUAAUUUGUACGACGAUGAGAGUACUCCAACAACUUGUUCGUUCUGCUGACUGCGUUGGUGAAUGUCUCGUUCCAUAUUUUCGACAAAUAUUACCCAUACUGAACCUCCUGAAGGACAGAAAUGUAAAUCUUGGAGAAGGAAUUGAUUAUUCUCAGCAAAAAGGUGAAAAUCCGGCAGAUCUCAUACAAGAAACUUUGGAAAUCCUUGAAAAAUAUGGAGGAGAAGACGCCUUUAUCAACAUUAAAUAUAUGGUACCAACCUACGAAUCCUGUAUGAUGAAUUAAAUGCUC